CGGACCGGCGCCCCGAUCGCCCAGCCGCAGCCCCGCUCGCCCCGGUCGCUCCUUUCCGCGCCUCGCCCCGUCCCCCGUCGCCUCGCUUGCUGACCGUUGCCGCAGGGCCAUGGCCGAGUGGAGCCCCGCCCAGGGCCUUCAGUGGGACAUGGACUCCCACCAUCCGGCAACGGCACAGCCCCUCAACCUCCCCGAGCAAAACUCCACGGCGGACGUCAUCCCCGAGACAGCCGAACUCUCCCUGACGGUGGUGGCGGAAAUCCAAGCUGUGGAGAGCAAAGUGGAUGCCUACGCCGCCCAGCUCAUGAGCCUGGAAGGCCGGAUGGGCAUGGCCGAGACCAAACUGGACGGCUGCGAGAAGACGGCGGUGGAGUUCGGCAACCAGCUGGAGAGCAAGUGGGCCGCAUUGGGCACCCUGAUCCAGGAAUACGGGCAGCUCCAGCGGCGCCUGGAGAACAUGGAGAACCUCCUGAAGAACCGUAACUUCUGGAUCCUACGUUUCCCGCCAGGCGCCAAGGGGGAGGCCCCUAAGGUCCCGUUGCUGUUCGAUGACGCCGCCUGCAGUUUCUCGGAGCAAGAGUGGAGGGGCCUCAGCGAAAGCCAGAAGGACCUGUACCGCCACAUCAUGAUGCACAACUACCAGGCAGUGGUGUCCGUCGAUACGGCCGUCUCCAAACCGGAACUCCUCGCCCGGAUUGAGCAAGGAGAGGUUUCGGAGCAGACCGACAGCAGGGAAGAGUCCCGAUUGGGGAACCGGUCAGGAUCACCAAUUUCUGCUCUCCGUGGGAGUUCCUGGAUUGAGGAAGAAGAUCUGUCUCUCGUCAAAAGCAUGGGGGCCUUAGAGGACAGAGAAAUCCCUGGGGAGUGCACCAUGGGUGCUCCUCAGCUGUUGGAGGAUGAUGUGGACAACCUCUUCCCCCACAAGUGGACGGAAGUUUUCCAGGGUCCUGGAGAGGAGCUGCUGUGCGAGAGCCAGUCUGUCUCCGUCACCCUGCCCAAGAAGCCCCUCCAGCGGUCCGCGCAGGGACUGCCUGAGACACAGAAAGAGGAUUCGGUGACAUCAGUCGAAGCUCACACUGGCCCCUUCAUCUGUUGUGAGUGCGGAGAAGGAUUUGUAGACAGGCAGCUUUUCGCCAGCCACCAGAAGACCCAUGGCGGAAGCGGGGCUUACCUUGUGCCAGAGCUUAAAGGAAACCCGGAGGUUAAGCUCACCCCCUUUGCCAUCCAGAGGGCCCCAACUCCUGCCCGUCCCAAAGUGCAUAAGCGCCCUGAGCCGCAGAGGAGCCCAACCGCGAAACCCAGCGCGGUGAAACGUCCCGGGAAUCACAUGGUGGAGCGUCCAUACACAUGCACCCAAUGCAAGGAGAGCUUCAAGCUGGAGGUCAGCCUGCUCCUUCAUCAGAAACUCCACGCGGGGAAGGGAGAUGGGCCGCUGACCUGCACCUACUGCGGCAAGGACUUCCGGGACCUCUCCAAAGCCGUGCGUCACCAACGGAUCCACACAGGCGAGCGUCCGUAUCAGUGCACUGAAUGCGGGAAAAGCUUCAUCCGGCGGGACCAUCUGCUGAAACACUGGCGCGUCCACACGGGCGAGACGCCCUACCAGUGCUCCACCUGCGGAAAGAACUUCCGCUACAAGGAAUCGCUGAACUGCCACCAGAAAAUCCAUACCCGCAACCCCACCGUGCACCACCUGAUGCUGGGAACCCAAGCGGGGCUGAUGGGCCUGAAACCCGAGCAGCCCGGGGCAGAUCGGAGGGUCCCCAGGACUCCUGAUCUCCGGUGGAACCCAGCUGUCCUGCCGCCACCGCCACCGGGACUCUUCUGGAUGCCCCCGAAGCCAGGAUGCGAACCGGCGGCCCACCACCAAACGACCGAAAUCUCCUUCUGGACGUUGCUGGCAGCCAUGCAGGCGAUGGAGAGGAAGGUGGAUGUUCACACGGGACAGCUCCGGACGCUGCGACGGCGGGCCGAUCUGGCGGAGCAAAAGCUCUCUGUGACAGAGAAGGUGGUGACCGACUUCAUGCCCCACCUGGAGGCGCUGGAGACGAUGCUUCGGGCCUUCGGGCAGCUGCACCAGCGGGUGGAGAAGAUGGAGGAGCGGUUGAAGAACCAGAACCUCUGGGUGCUGAAUGUCCCACCAGGCACAGCGGGGGAAACCCUGCAGGUUCCCGUGAACUUCGGCAACAUCUCGGUCUACUGCUCAGAACAGGAGUGCGAGGACUCGAACUCUGGUCCAAAGGAGCCCCAGAAGACUGCGGAGUCCUUGGUUUCAAUGGGUUGUUCAGUGAGUUGUGGCAGUUCUUCCAUUAGAACACGGUCAUUAAGUGAACUCGGCAACAUCUCGGUCUACUGCUCAGAACAGGAGUGCGAGGACUCGAACUCUGGUCCAAAGGAGCCCCAGAAGACUGCGGAGUCCUUGGUUUCAAUGGAUUGUGCUAGCUCAAAAUCUCAUUCAUUGUCCCCGAUGGAAGGUGGGGCACCUUUAAGUGGCAAGCAUCGAGGAUUCUCUGGCGAAGCAGAAGAUGUCCAAAAAGACAGAACAGAAUCUUCUGUCCUCUUGCCGACGUCUGACGUAGUUGAGACAGAGCCUGGAAACCUGGGUAAGUUCAGCCCCUUGCCUGGGUCUUCGGAACAUGACGUGUCGCCUUCCUCAGAGAAGGGCUUGAUGCCGGUGGACAGCCAGACGAGUGCACUAGAACAGUCGGCUGAGUCUGGAAGAGAUGUUGCAAAUUUCACAACCAUUGUCGUCCAGGAAGGGGUGCUUCCUGGCGAAGCACCGUAUGUGUGUCCCGAUUGUGGUAAGAGUUUCUUGUAUGAGGAACAGUGCGCCUUGCACCAACAAUCCCAUCUCCAGGUCUCUCCAGACCGCGGGGACAGUCCCACACAACUUCCCCAGCCAGAGGUCAGGGCGUAUACCUGUCCAGAUUGUGGGCGCUGGUUCCCCCACCAGGCCAGCCUGAGCAAACACCGUCUCUGGCACACGGGCGAUCGGCCGCAUACUUGUGCUGAGUGCAAGAAGACUUUCCGGCUGAAAAUCAACCUGCACCUUCACGAGCGUACUCACACAGUCGCCAAAAAAACUGGCUGCUACAUCUGUGGCCAGUGCGGCAGGACUUUCAACCACCACUCAAAUUUCUUACGGCACCAAAUGAUCCACACCGGGGAGCGGCCAUACGCCUGCGGGGAGUGCGGGAAGACAUUCAUCCGUAAGGAGCAUCUCGCCACACACAGGCGGCUGCACACAGGCGAGAGGCCAUACCGAUGCCCACUCUGCCCAAAGAGCUUCACCCGCAAGCAACAUCUGGUGGGACACCAGCGCCUCCAUGAGGGGGAGGCAAUGUGGCUGGAAGAUAACCCCACUCGGACAAAUGGGCAUGGCCAACAGGGUGGGAUCAGGGUCCGGGCAGACGACGGAGAGCCUGGAUUCGGACAAGAGACCUAUCCACCAUAAACCGUUCAGCAGAUUCCGAGGGAGAAUCAGAUGGGGGUUGGUGGCUUGGAAGCAGCGUUUAGGCAGCCAUCUUGAACCAAGCACAGGACUGUCAUUGGUCACAUCCUUGAUCCCCAGAACUGGAGGUAGAAGGCCAGAUCUGGGGCUCAAGACGCAUGGUGUUAACGAGUGGGAAGGGAGCUCCAUGCUCAAGCAGGAGACCCUACCGCAUUCUGGACCAAUCUCUUCUUACAUGACCGAUUCCUUGACCUUUGCUGAGACCAAGGUACAGAAUAGGUCAAAAAAGUCAAAAUGGUCACCAGCCCAAACCUGAUUCUUACCCUCUCUUGCCGAUACUCUCGACAGGAGGCUCUAAUGAUGCUGUGUUCAGUUCCUGGAGGUUGAGUUUUUAAUUCUGUUUUCAUCCCGGGUUGAUUUCCUCUGUGGGAGGAGGGUGAUGGGGAAUUCUGGGAGUUGAAGUCCACCCAUCUUUAAUUUGCCUAAGGUCAGGCGCGAAGAAUCAGGACCACACCUUAAAUUCCAAGUUAAGCUGCUUUAUUGCUCCUGCCUAAACUGGUCGAGUCCUCAACGUACAACCGCAAGCGAGGCCAACAUUUCUGUGGCCAAGCCAAAUGCUUGUUCAGUGAGCUGUUCCCCCAUUUGUCGCCACCGUUUUUAAGCGAAUCUCUGCAGUUCUUAACAUGGUUGUUAGGCUAAUUGGGCUUCCCCCAUUGACUUUGCUGGUUGGAAGGUCAUCAAAGACGAUCACGUGACCCUGGGACACAGUGACCAUCAUAAAGAUGAGUCAGUUGCCCAACAUCUGAGUUUUGAUUACGUCUACGUGGGGACGCUACCAUAUCAUAAACGUGUCCCCGGGAUGCUGCAACCUGUCAUAAGUAUAAGUCAGUUGUGAAAUGUCUGGAUUUUGAUAACCUCAAUGCAGCAAGGCUGCAACAAUCAUAAGUGUGAAAAAUGGGUCUUAAGUCAGCAUUUUCUCAGGACCGUUGACAUUUUGAACGGUCACUAAAUGGAACUUGUAAGUCAAGGCAUUGGUUUUUUUUUUAAAGUUUUUAUUUUCCAUAAUAAUUUCAACAAUUUAACCAGUGUACAGUACAAUCAAUUAUCCAACAAUUAAUUCUUCCCAUAAAUUGUACUCAAUCGGGCCUGCCCAGCCGCCCCUCCCUUCCUUAGUCCUUUCUACCCUUCUCUACCUUCUUCUACUUUCCCCAUCCUUCCUCCUCCUCACUUCCUCUCCUCCUUCCCACUUCUCACUUCCACCCUUUCUAACCCUCCCUCUUCCCCUCCGUCUUCUCCUCCUAUCCAUUCUUCCCCCUCCCUUCUUUCCUACCUUCCUACCUACCUACUUUCUUCCUUCUCUCUACUCCUCUCUCCCUACCCUUUUCCUUCUGGAGUAGAUGCUGAGCAGCCCCGACUUUACACCAUUCCAACUUAUUUAAUUCUUCAAUUGUUCCUGUACAUUGGCAAUCAAUCAAUUUGUAAUCUUCCCCCCCUUUCCCCUCCCACC